AUUUAUGUAGGAAUCGGAUAACGAGUCUCAAUUUUUAUAUCAAUCAAUCACUUAACAAUAAGAUAGUGUAGAAGAAAAACAAGUAUUGGUGAGUAGAUUGACUGAAAGCAAUUAAAAUCAGGAUGAAUCAGUUUAAAUAAACUUAGAUUCUGAGAUAAUUAGUGAGUUAGAGGAAGAAAUAUUGUAGUUGCAUAAAAAAAAUGAAUAUUUAAAUGAACAAAUAAUUGAGAAGGAUAAUUAGAUUGCUUCAUUAAAAGAGAGAGUUUAAAGACAAACUCUAUUGAAUGAAACAUAUUAAAUAGCUGAAGCAUAACUAAAAUAAUAAGUUGAAGAGUUGAAGAAGAAAAUAGGAGAACUGUAAGAGUAAAUUAUAUAAUUACCUCCUCAAUUGUAAAAUAUAUCUAAGCUGAAUUUGGAUUUCAGUUGGGUUAAUCAUAUGGAAAGAGAUCUGUCUCAUGAUGGUUUGCUGGAACGUUAUGAUCGUUAUAAAUCUAACAAGCGUUUAGCUCCGAUUUAAAUUAAACCAUAUUCAGAGAAAUUCAGAUAUAACAAUCAGUAGCAUAGUCCAUAUUUUGAGCAAUUGACAGAAAGAACCUAAAACAUUUAAAGGAAAAGAAUCAAUUAAAAUAAACAAUGAUUUUGUUCAUCUGUUUCAAAUUGAUAUUUACUAAAGAAUUUAAUCAACAUGAUUAACAAUUGAUCCUCA